AUGUCAAGCAGCUGUACGAUGCCAGCAGAGUUUUACUUAGAAAUACUGACAAGAUUACCAGUGAAAUCCGUCUUCCGCUGUAAGUCAGUUUGCAAGUCUUGGUAUUCCAUGAUUUCUAGCCCUAUUUUUGCAAAAUUUCACAUCCAAGAAAAUAAAAAUAAGUCUAGUAGGAAUAGUCUGUUGCUUGAACUUGAGGAUGAUACACACUCUAUGAGUUACAAUUCACUAGAAUCAUCAUUAUCAACCAAGGAGAUUGAAGAUGAUGCUGUUAGAGUUAGAAUGUGGUACCCAUUCAAAUCAGGUAUGUUUAGAGAUAUUGAGCGUAUUCGUUUACUCGGUUCUUGUAAUGGUAUGGUUUUUCUAUCGAUUGAGGAUCUUGAUGUUUAUGAUGAUGAUGGUGAUUCUAAUUCUGAUGAUAGUAGUGAUGAAUCUGAUGAUUAUAGUUAUUUUUUUUUCGAUUGA